AUGAACUCCACGUCAGCACUUCCUCAGAGCCCCCUUCUGCCUACCCAGGUUCAUUUGGGUCCCGCCUAUGGUACCUUCCUCAUUUGUACGUUCCUCAGUCUCAUGUUCUAUGGCGUUGCAUUGCACCAAGUCUAUCGAUACAUCCGUCUUCACAGCUCGGAUGGGCUCGUCGUCAAGUCCUACGUGAUCUUGGCCGUGCACAUGAAGUGGCGACUAAUCUUCUUCGCCGCGCGGGUAUACAAGUUGGAUAAGAGAUACCGAACGUUGCUAGCAAUGGCUAUAAUCAUGUUCCUUGUAGAGCUCGCCUUCACAGUAAAAGGAUUUGCGAUAGGAACUAUUGACAGUCUGAACAAAUAUGCGUGGAUGCAGUCCGGGGGGUUCGGAGUUGUCAUAAGUGCGGACAUCAUGUUGACCUUCGUGCUCGCGCUAGCUCUACAUCAGCGGCGGACUGGAUUCAAGAUCACGAAUUCGAAGAUCGACCUGCUCAUCGCAUAUGCUAUCGGCACAGGUUUGGUCACUCUCAUCUUCGCCAUGGCAUGUUUUAUCACGGCUCUUGCAUCUCCGGGGAACUUGCUAUUUGGCGCUCUCGAUUUGAUAUGCGUCAAGGUCUAUAUCAACUCCGUUCUUGCUACACUGAACAUGCGACCUAGCGCGGCAUCGGCGGGGAGCGGCGACCGCCUUGGCACCAUAGACCUCUGUGCAUUGCCCCAAAGUCGUUCCGCCCAGAACAUCGAGAAGGAAUGGCCGUCGUCUUCGACCAAGUCUACCAAUGGAGUCGAUCCCGCUACGGUGGUCAGCAUCAAGGUGACGAAUGAUCUCUCCCAUCGAGUUUGA